AAACGCCAUUCGCCUCUAAAUGAGAAGCCCCGCACGCUUUGUAGAGAAAGAUAGCAUCUUUAUUCUCCUGGUUCUAAGUUUUUAUUAUAAUAACAGCAGUAUGACUACAGGCUAACAUUUAAGGGUUUGGCAUAAUCUAAACUGGAAUAAAAAGUUUAUUUGGGGUCUUGGAGCUCCUUAUCAUAUAUUGAGUCACUUGUACGGCUGGUUCUUGCAAGAAUUAUCAUUUAUUCAGUAUCUCUAAAAAAGGAUUCAAAGUUGUCUUUUCUUAUGCAGGCGGCUCCCAAGAAGGCUAGAUUGGAGCCUAAUACAAUGUCUAUAAGAGGUCCAAUCCCUAAUGGGCCAAUGCAUCCCCGCCCCCUAGUUGCACUUUUAGAUGGCAGGGAUUGCUCAAUUGAAAUGCCCAUUUUGAAAGAUGUUGCAACUGUUGCUUUUUGUGAUGCCCAGUCUACACAAGAAAUUCAUGAAAAGGUAUUAAAUGAAGCAGUUGGGGCACUGAUGUGGCACACUAUCACAUUGACAAAAGAAGAUUUGGAUAAAUUUAAAAGCUUGCGUGUCAUCAUUAGAAUAGGCAGUGGCUAUGAUAAUGUUGAUGUUAAAGCUGCAGGAGAAAUGGGCAUAGCCGUUUGUAAUGUACCUGGUUAUGGUGUAGAGGAAGUAGCAGAUUCAACCUUGUGCCUCAUUUUGAAUUUAUACCGCCGUACUUACUGGCUUGCAAAUAUGGUUCGUGAGGGAAAGAAAAUAAAUGGACCUGAACAACUUCGAGAUGCUGCUCAAGGAUCUGCAAGAAUUAGGGGUGACACGCUUGGUAUUGUGGGUUUAGGCCGUGUUGGUACUGCUGUAGCAAUUAGAGCAAAAGUAUUUGGCUUCAAUGUUAUUUUUUAUGAUCCUUAUUUGGCGGAUGGGAUUGAAAAAUCACUUGGUAUAACCCGUGUUUACACACUUCAAGAGCUUCUGUUCCAAAGUGAUUGUGUUUCGCUGCAUUGUAAUUUAAAUGAACAUAAUCAUCAUCUAAUUAAUGACUACACAAUCAAACAAAUGAGACCAGGAGCCUUUCUUAUUAAUACUGCUCGAGGUGGUCUAGUGGAUGAGCAUGCUUUAGCAGCUGCCUUAAAAGAUGGGAGAAUACGAGCAGCAGCUCUUGAUGUUCAAGAGAAUGAGCCUCUGGUGUUUGCUAAUAGUCCUCUCAAAGAUUGUCCCAAUCUCAUCUGCACACCUCAUUCAGCAUUCUAUAGUGAGCAGAGUGUGACUGAAUUGCGUGAAAUGGCUGCAGGUGAAGUUCGGCGUGCUAUUCUUGGACGCAUCCCUGAAAGUUUACGGAAUUGUGUCAAUAAGGAGUAUUUCAACCCCACCACUAGUGCACCGCGAUAUCCAUUUCCCCCAGUAGGCCCAUUUGACAGUAUAAACGGUGCAACUGGUUAUCCAGGAUUUAAUCCUGCUGUUGCAGCAGUUGCCAUUCACUCAACAACAGAUCAUCCAGCAGUUUCUCAUGGAGGAGCUAUUUUGACCACUGCCCACACUGCCCCAGAUUCUGGAAAUCAUGUGCCCAAACCAGAGAACCCUAGUCCUGUCCAUUAGGUUGGGAUUUGUUUGGGGGAAAGGUUGAAGGCAGCAUGUACUCAUGAACAUAAAAUAGGCAAGAUUCUGAUUGCUGAACCUUGUCUGUCAACAAGAAAAUUAUAACAGUAUCAUUGUAAUUGUGUGGAUGUGAGGUUUUUUUUUUUUUUUUUUUUUGCUUUUGAUUGAUUCUUUUAUUUUAAGUUUGACCAGCUCAUGUUUUUGGUUGAAUAUCAAUUAUUAUUUUUUACUUGAGAGAAAGGAAUGUAUUAUAUUUAUGGAGAAAGUGUUAAAAAUUAUUUAGAUUAAAUAUUUGUUGUUCAACCAAUCCGUUAAAUUUCAUUGACUAACUGCUAAGUAUGACAAGGGUGUUUUAUUCCAGAUCUGAUGUUUGUUCUUGGCUUACCAUCAAAUCCUAUAACCUACCAUUAAAUUACUUUAAAAAUUUUCUUAUCUAUUAAAUCUGUUUUACUUAAUGUAGUUUCAUUUUUUCUGUCAAAGCACUUUAAUUUUUUAGACAUUAAUUAAUUUGUAAUAUUUAUCCUGUAUUUGAAAUACAAUUUUAUUGAAAUUUUGGUAUGGAUUUAGAUUUAUUUGGUUCAGCAUCGUUACUUUGUACUGUUUUGUGAAGCUCAUUUGUGUGAAAUUUAGAUAGUUAAGCAAAUUUUAUAUGCUUACUUGUAAGAUUUUUUAAUUAAAAUUUUAAGUAGCUUUAUUUUUCUUUUAAAAUCACAACAGGUUUUAAUUAUAUCUAUUAAUUGGAAGUACUUUUUUGCUAUUUGUUGAAAAUUAUCACUGCACAGUUAUCUUAUGACUCCACAUGGAUUUCUACAUAUGCUUUAAAAUUUCUUUUAUCAUACUUUCAUUUACUAAGUAUCUCAUGGUAGCUCACUAAUUUUUCUAGUAAUUCGUUUUUUCAAGUAAGCUUUCAAGAAAUAAUAUUUGAAUACCCUUCUAUACAUCUUUUAAGAUACCUGCAGUUUAUUGAAUAGGUUGUGUUAUGCCAGUACAUGAACGAAGAUGACCUGUUCUAAAUUUAAAUUGUAUGCAAUAGACAAAGUAUAAAAUUUAUUGUAGUAAAUUGAAUUUUGUUCUCCAUAUUUCCAAUCUCAUGUUGUGAGCUUAUACCUUUUACUUUGUCAUGAGUGUAUUAAUUUUUUAAAAGUUUAUAUAUCAUAGUUUAGAAAAUUUUACAGAAGUAAUAAGUACAUUUUUCCCCCCAGAAAUUUUAGUUCUUAGUUUAAUUCUGUUGUGUUUGUAUCAUCUUAGCUUGACCAUUCUAUAAAAAAACUUUGUAUUUUGCUUAUUAAAGUUAGUUUAUGAUAUUCCAGCUUUCAACAAUUACAUGUGAGCAAAAUUGUAUAUAUUGUAAAUAUUUUUGUAGAGUAAAGAUUUUCAUUCUCAUGAUAAACAUAACUAUUCAUAAAUCAUAAUUAUAGAAUAAACUAUCAAUUUGUCUAGAUGUCAAAUCAUCUCGAAGUUUACUUUGUCCAUGUUAUGAAUGCAUAAACAAUAACUUCUUUUAUUUAGAACUCAUUUACAAGAACAGAGUAUUGGCUUUCUAGAAGUAACCAAUGGUCUGAACUCCGAAACUAUGCAGUGAUGAAUAUUUUCAAUGCCCUGGUUAGAUCGCUACAAAACCUGGGAUUUAAUUUUUUUGUAUUAAAAAGUUUUUUCUCUCAAAUUUUGUUAUUGAGAAUCAGGGUUUUUUUUUUUUUUGUAGCGGAUUCCACAAAUUGUAUUACCUUACUCCUAGUUUUCAAAAUCUAUGCAUAUGUGCAAUUAGUGUCCCAAAAUCCAAAUCUCAGUUAUAACUAACAUGUACAAACUAAAACUAUUGAAGUUUAUUUUAUUUUUUUUUUCAAUAGAAAUUUAAUGUCAGUGAAGUUUACCACCACUUGUAAUUAACAUUUCAUUGCACUAUGCUAGCAUCUGUUUGUUUUUUUCCAUUAAUUAUUGUAUGUGUAUUUGUAAAGUUCAUGCUUGUUUGUACAAUUGAUUCCCUAAAUGUUUCUCUAUUUUAUCCAAUAUUACAAGUAGCUAUUUAGUUAAUUUUUUUUAUCUGUAAAAGAAAAGCUACCUUCUUUCAUGUUAAGUCCUGUGAGCAUUUUUUUUUUGUAAUGGCAACUCUAUGACUUUUGGAUGGAAACAGUGACACAGGAAUCAUACAUAAUCAAUACUAAUUUUAUAAUGUGCUUUUAAUGUGGGGAAAUAUCAGUUGUUCUGCUUUUAUCUUCCACAAGAACUUGUUAAUAAAAUUAAAUGACUUUUGUAA